AUCUGCAGUGUCAAUGCGGCGCCUGCACUGAAGACCGGGGGAGGGAGGGAGAAGGAAAAAAAACCAGCUUUCCCAGGACAAAAUCCGUGAAGGGACUUUGAAAACACUUGCCACUCCGCAUCCUCACUCCCUUGGGAAUACAAAACUUUCUAACCAUGUCGGCGGCCAUGUGGAAAUGGACUUGCCUGAUUGCCCACCUGCUCCUAUCUACUAUGAUGUCAUCCCUCGCUAGGCAACAGCCACCUCAUCCAAAGAGGCCCUUUGCCACUUUCCCUGGAGAGCAGGCAGAGGGGACUUUUAACCACUUGGUGGUUGAUGAAAAAACUGGGCACAUUUACUUGGGGGCCGUCAACAGGAUCUACAAACUCUCCAAUGACCUAAAAGUUCUGGUGACCCACCAGACUGGUCCAGAUGAGGAUAACCCAAAGUGCUAUCCUCCCAGGAUAGUCCAGACUUGCAAUGAACCCUUGACUCUCACUAACAAUAUCAACAAGAUGCUCCUGAUAGACUACAAGGAGAACCGGUUGAUCGCCUGUGGGAGCCUUUACCAGGGGAUCUGCAAGCUGUUGAGGCUGGAUGACCUCUUCAAGCUGGGAGAGCCCUUCCAUAAGAAGGAGCAUUACCUCUCUGGGGUAAAUGAGAGUGGCUCUGUUUUUGGAGUCAUUGUUUCUUACAGCAACAUGGAUGACAAGCUGUUCAUUGCCACAGCCGUGGACGGCAAGCCGGAGUAUUUCCCCACCAUCUCCAGCAGGAAGCUCACCAAGAACUCCGAGGCAGACGGGAUGUUCGCUUACGUCUUUCACGACGAGUUCGUGGCCUCUAUGAUCAAGAUCCCCUCAGACACGUUCACCAUCAUCCCCGACUUUGACAUCUACUACAUUUACGGCUUCAGCAGCGGCAACUUCGUCUACUUUCUGACCCUGCAGCCCGAGAUGAUCUCCCCGCCUGGCUCCACCACCAAGGAGCAGGUCUACACUUCCAAGCUGGUCCGGCUCUGCAAGGAGGACACAGCCUUCAACUCCUACGUCGAGGUGCCCAUUGGCUGCGAGAAGAAUGGGGUGGAGUACCGGCUCCUCCAAGCAGCCUAUUUAUCCAAGGCAGGUGCCAUCUUGGCCAGGUCCUUGGGUGCCAGUCCCGACGACGAUAUCCUCUUCACAGUCUUCUCCAAGGGGCAAAAGAGGAAAAUGAAGUCCUUGGAUGAGUCUGCUCUGUGCAUCUUCAUCCUGAAAAAGAUCAACGACCGCAUCAAAGAAAGGCUUCAGUCCUGCUACAGGGGAGAGGGGACCUUAGAUCUGGCCUGGCUCAAAGUCAAGGACAUUCCCUGUAGCAGCGCGCUGUUAACAAUUGAUGACAAUUUCUGCGGCCUGGAUAUGAAUGCCCCUCUGGGAGUAUCGGAGAUGGUGCGAGGUCUCCCCAUCUUCACCGAAGACGGGGACAGGAUGACAUCCGUGAUCGCCUACGUCUACAAGAACCACUCACUGGCGUUCGUGGGCACCAAAAGUGGCAAGAUGAAAAAGAUCCGCGUAGAUGGCCCCACCAAUAGCGCCCUGGAGUACGAGAUCGUGCAGGUGGUGGACACCGGCCCCAUAUUACGGGAUAUGGCCUUUUCAAUGGAUCAUGAGCACCUGUACAUCAUGUCUGAGAAGCAGCUGACCAGAGUGCCUGUGGAGUCGUGCGGGCAGUACAAGACCUGCAGCACGUGCCUGGGCUCCGGGGACCCCCACUGUGGCUGGUGUGUGCUUCACAACAUGUGCACCCGGAAGGAACGGUGCGAGCGCUCCAGCGAGCCUCGGAGAUUCGCCUCGGAGAUGAAGCAGUGUGUCCGGCUCACCGUGCAUCCCAACAACAUCUCCGUCUCCCAGUACAACGUGCUGCUGGUCUUGGAGACCUACAACGUCCCUGAGUUGUCAGCAGGGGUCAACUGCACCUUCGAGGACCUUUCCGAGAUGGACGGCUUGGUGGUGGGGAACCAGAUCCAGUGCAUCUCCCCGGCUGCCAAGGAGGUGCCCCAGAUCGUCAUGGAGAAUGGAGACCAUCACAUUGUCCAGCUCCAGCUGAAGUCCAAGGAGACAGGCAUGACCUUCGCCAGCACCAGCUUUGUCUUCUACAACUGCAGCGUCCACAACUCGUGUCUGUCCUGUGUGGAGAGCCCCUAUCGGUGUCACUGGUGCAAAUAUCGCCACGUCUGCACCCACGACCCCCGUUCCUGCUCCUUCCAGGAAGGGCGAGUCAAGCUGCCAGAGGACUGUCCUCAGUUGCUCCAGGCAGACAAGAUCCUGGUGCCGGUGGAAGUGAUCAAGCCAAUCACCCUGAAAGCCAAGAACCUGCCACAGCCGCAGUCGGGGCAGCGGGGCUAUGAGUGUAUCCUGACUAUCCAGGGCAACGAGCAGCGGGUCCCCGCCCUGAGGUUUAACAGCUCCAGCGUGCAGUGCCAGAACACCUCGUAUUCAUAUGAAGGGAUGGAGAUUAACAGCCUGCCGGUGGAGCUGACAGUCGUGUGGAAUGGGAAUUUCAACAUUGACAACCCAGCGCAGAACAAAGUGCACCUGUACAAGUGUGGGGCCAUGCGGGACAGCUGCGGCCUGUGCCUGAAGGCCGACCCAGACUUCGAGUGCGGCUGGUGCGAGGGACAGAACCAGUGCACGCUGAAGCACCACUGCCCCAUCCAGGAGAACCAGUGGCUGGAACUGUCCGGGACCAAGGGCAAAUGCACCAAUCCCCGGAUCACCGACAUCAUCCCGGUGACGGGCCCUCGGGAAGGAGGAACCAAAGUGACAAUCCGGGGAGAGAAUCUGGGCCUGGAGUUCCGGGACAUUGCAUCUCACGUCAAAGUAGCUGGAGUGGAGUGCAAACCACUGGUGGAAGGAUACAUCCCGGCAGAGCAGAUAGUGUGCGAGAUGGGAGAGGCCAAACCCAGCCAGCACGCCGGAUUCGUGGAGAUCUGCGUGGCCGAGUGUAAGCCCGAGUUCAUGGCCAGGUCCUCCCAGCUGUACUACUUUAUGACUCUGACUCUCUCUGACCUGAAGCCAAAGCGGGGUCCAGUGUCGGGGGGCACACAGGUGACCAUUACAGGCACCAACCUGAAUGCUGGCAGCAACGUUGUGGUGACAUUUGGCCGGCAGCCCUGUCUCUUUUACAGGAGGUCCACGAAGCACAUUGUCUGUAACACCACAGCCUCGGACGAUGGCUUUGAUAAGGUGAAGGUGUCCGUGAGGGUGGACAAGGCCAAGAUACAUCAGGAGUUGCAGUUUGAGUACAUGGAGGACCCCACCAUCCUGAGGAUUGAGCCGGAGUGGAGCAUCAUCAGUGGAAACACCCCCAUAGCCGUGUGGGGAACUCACCUGGACCUUAUCCAGAACCCUCAGAUCCGGGCCAAGCAUGGUGGGAAAGAACACGUCAAUAUCUGCGAGGUACAGAACGCCACAGAGAUGACCUGCCAGGCUCCAGCACUGCCCGUGGACCCAAAUCACCAGUCCGAGCUAACCGAGCGCCCAGAAGAGUUUGGUUUCAUCCUGGAUAAUGUUCAGUCCCUGCUGAUCCUCAACAAAACCAACUUCACCUACUACCCAAACCCAGUCUUUGAGGCUUUCAACCCCUCGGGGAUCCUGGAGCUGAAGCCAGGAACUCCCAUCAUACUAAAGGGGAAGAACCUAAUCCCGCCGGUGACUGGAGGGAACGCCAAGCUGAAUUACACCGUGCUGAUAGGCGAGAAGCCAUGUGUGGUGACCGUGUCGGACGUGCAGCUGCUGUGCGAGUCCCCGAACCUCAUUGGACGGCACAAAGUGAUGGCUCGAGUGGGAGGAUUGGAGUUCUCCCCAGGGAUGGUCUACAUCUCUCCCGACAGCCCGCUGAGCCUGCCGGCCAUCGUCAGCAUCGCCGUGGCUGGCGGCCUGCUCAUCAUCUUCAUCGUGGCCGUGCUGAUUGCGUACAAGCGCAAGUCCCGCGAGAGCGACCUGACCCUCAAGCGGCUGCAGAUGCAGAUGGACAACCUGGAGUCCAGGGUGGCACUGGAGUGCAAGGAAGCUUUUGCAGAGCUUCAGACAGACAUUCACGAGCUGACGAGCGACUUGGAUGGCGCUGGCAUCCCCUUCCUUGAUUACCGCACCUACACCAUGAGGGUGCUUUUCCCUGGCAUUGAAGACCACCCUGUCCUGCGGGAUCUGGAGGUCCCUGGCUAUCGGCAGGAGCGGGUAGAGAAGGGCUUGAAGCUCUUCGCCCAACUCAUCAACAACAAGGUGUUCCUGCUGUCCUUCAUCCGCACUCUGGAGUCCCAGCGCAGCUUCUCCAUGCGGGACCGUGGCAACGUGGCCUCGCUCAUCAUGACCGUGCUGCAGAGCAAGCUGGAGUAUGCCACCGAUGUCCUCAAGCAGCUCCUGGCCGAUCUCAUUGACAAGAACUUGGAGAGCAAAAACCACCCCAAGCUGCUGCUGAGGAGGACGGAGUCUGUGGCAGAGAAGAUGCUCACUAAUUGGUUCACCUUCCUGCUGUACAAGUUCCUCAAGGAAUGCGCUGGCGAGCCGCUGUUCUCCCUCUUCUGCGCCAUCAAACAGCAGAUGGAAAAGGGCCCCAUUGACUCCAUCACCGGGGAAGCCCGCUAUUCGCUGAGCGAGGACAAGCUCAUCCGGCAGCAGAUUGACUACAAGACACUGGUCCUGAGCUGCGUGAACCCCGACAACGUGAACAGCCCAGAGAUUCCCGUGAAGAUCCUCAACUGCGACACCAUCACGCAGGUCAAGGAGAAGAUUCUUGACGCCAUCUUCAAGAAUGUGCCGUGCUCCCACAGGCCCAAAGCUGCUGACAUGGACCUGGAGUGGCGGCAGGUGAGUGGGGCCCGGAUGAUCCUGCAGGACGAAGACAUCACCACCAAGAUAGAGAACGACUGGAAGAGACUCAAUACCUUGGCACACUACCAGGUGCCAGAUGGAUCGGUGGUAGCAUUAGUCUCCAAGCAGGUCACUGCCUACAAUGCUGUCAACAACUCCACUGUCUCCAGGACCUCAGCUAGCAAGUAUGAAAACAUGAUCCGUUACACGGGCAGCCCAGACAGCCUGCGCUCCCGCACACCCAUGAUCACACCUGACCUGGAGAGUGGAGUCAAGAUGUGGCAUCUAGUCAAGAAUCAUGAGCACGGAGACCAAAAAGAGGGUGACCGGGGCAGCAAGAUGGUGUCCGAGAUCUACCUGACCAGGCUGCUAGCCACCAAGGGCACUUUGCAGAAGUUUGUCGACGACCUCUUUGAGACGAUCUUCAGCACGGCGCACCGCGGCAGCGCUCUGCCCCUGGCCAUCAAGUACAUGUUUGAUUUCCUGGACGAGCAGGCAGACAAGCACAACAUCCACGACCCCCACGUGCGGCACACCUGGAAGAGCAACUGUUUGCCACUACGGUUCUGGGUCAACAUGAUCAAAAACCCCCAGUUCGUAUUCGACAUCCACAAGAACAGCAUCACAGAUGCCUGCCUCUCGGUGGUGGCUCAGACCUUCAUGGACUCCUGUUCAACCUCGGAGCACCGUCUGGGCAAAGACUCCCCUUCCAACAAGCUUCUGUAUGCCAAGGACAUCCCCAGCUACAAGAAUUGGGUGGAAAGGUACUACUCGGACAUCGGCAAAAUGCCAGCGAUCAGCGACCAGGACAUGAACGCCUACCUGGCGGAGCAGUCUCGCAUGCACAUGAACGAGUUUAACACCAUGAGCGCGCUCUCCGAGAUCUAUUCCUACGUGGGCAAGUACAGCGAGGAGAUUCUCGGAGCCCUUGAUCAAGACGACCAGGCCGGGAAACAGAAACUCGCCUACAAACUUGAACAAGUCAUAACCCUCAUGAGCAUAGACAGCUGAGAACUGGCCUGCCAGGGGAGCCCUGGGAGGGAAAAACCAAGCCGUGCCUCAGUCAAGAUCACCAUCUUUACCAAGUGCAAGUGUAAGCAGAGUCACCUGAUCAGCGCUCUCUCUCUCUUCCUCUCUCGCCUCUCUCCAAACCUAUAGACCAGGCCCCAGGAUUCCCAGAAAGUGGUGGUGGAGGAAUCUCAGCUUUGGGGGACAUCGAGACAUUCAGUUGGAGCUCUCUUGUUCACCGCUUCCCCUUCCUCCCUCGCCCUAGAAAGACCAUAUCAGCUGUAUCCAGAUGAGAAACUGGACGGUGGCCCUCUGCCAUGCUGCUUUAAUUGCCCUCCUGGGCCCAUAGCCCCGGAGCGGCCGUGGAAACAAACUCAGUAUUAUUAGAGUCUUGCCAAGGGGAAGCUACUCCGCUUGUUUGGCCUGCCUCCAGGGGUCCCAACGGGGGCAGGAGUGAACCUGGAUCCUUCUCCAGCAGAGCCGUUACAGCGCCUUUGAUCAACCUCAAUCCCACAGGCGGGAAUUCAAGGCAGUUCCGGGAAGCCCCAGGGACCUGGUUAAAAUUGGAGCAGGACUGUCGUGGAACUGGGGACACUAACUAUCUGGGUGAACAGCAAUGUGAGCCGUUCUCCAGGGAUGGGGGGAAGGUGGGGCCUCACCUUGCCCACCGCCCCGUUUUUCGUACGUUUAUUAUUAUUUUUAAAACAGAUCUGUGUCCCUCCCAGUCUUUCCCGGUGUGUCCUGUCGACCGUAUAACUGCAACAAAAUGCUCUCUGCCUAGUUGUACCCUAUUGGUGGUAAUCGUGUCCUCCUGGCGGUGUAUAGCACCCUGUUUCCAACCAUGUCCCAGAGAAGACAAGCCACAAGGAGCCACACAUCAUUCUGGCCUUGAAAAUCAUGACGGCCCAGGAAAUGGAUAAGUUCUACCACAGGAUUUUUGUUUGUUUCUCUUUCUGAGCUGGAACAAGAUGGUUUUUGUUGAAUGAUGUGGGGUGUUUGCUGCAAAACGUGAGGGUAGGUCUGUGGGACAAUAGUCAAUAACUUCCUCUCAGGCUGCUCCUAGGAGGAAGUGACCUCGCUGCUGGGGGGUAAGUGACCUCACACCUAUUGGGCUUUUUUCUUAAAAACAGUGCAAAGUUUUCUUCUUUAAUAUUCCAAACUAAGUGACUGUUUUUCGGCAACACCGAGCCACCUUUCUCCCCCUUGCUCUCCUUUCCUGUCCCCAGACAUUCCUCAUUUCCCACUCCCAUCUCCCUCCCCAACAAUUGACUCGUUUUCAAAGCACAGCUGGUGCCUGCAAACUAUAUCCCUGCUCCUCCCGUCCCCGGUGCCAGCACUCAUUUGCCUCCCCUCCCUCCCGAGGUCACGGUCGUCUCGGAAUGGGCAUGGAUGUGAGAUGAUGCUUGUCCACUCCACUCCCCCAGAACAGCUGCAUCUCCGAGGUCCAAGCCAUCUUGUAACGAACCCCAGUCCUCUCCUCGUUUUGUAUGAUCACAAACUGCUCACUUUGAUACCAUCUCAGCUCAGCGUGGCGGAGACACCGGCUCCAGAGCACAAACCAGAAAACCUCAAAUUUGGCACAAUACUGAGCGAGGAUGGAAGGAGGCGAUGGGUUUGCACCCAUCCCUCAAGGAAAACAAGAAUGCUUGCUAAGAACAUGCACAGGAGUGGACUGGAGCCACCUGCAGCCAGCUGCUUCCAUCCACAGAGAAUGGGCUUUGGAGGAUGCAGGGAAGAGGACAUCUGUUGAGUGUGAUGGGGAGGUGAGGGUCAGAUCCGGUCUGGUUCAUAUAUCUUGCUAUCAAAGCAAAAGCACUGUGUGACAGGGUAUUGCCCGUGGAUUGAAGGGUGGGCAGGGUGGGGAAAAGAAUUAGUUA